ACCGAUACCCCCCCCCCCAGCCGGCCGAGAGUUUUUGGAUGGAAGGUGUGCGCGCGAAGAUAAUCCAACGUGGCCGAGCACCAGACCCGACGCGCGGCAGUUACAAAUGCGAUACCGGUCUGCACACCGCUCCGCUCCGUGACUCGCUGACGAUUUUCAGCAAUAAUUUCAUCAUAUCAUUAUUUUAUAUUGUUUUAUUACGCUUCCACCGAGAUCGUAACAAUAAUAUCGUUUUAUUUAUUUCCGUGUCUACAUCUCGAAAUAAUAUAAUUAUUAUAUAGCGUAUAGUGUUUUUCGUUAUUUAUAUCGUAUCGCCGUGUUUUUUUUUUUUUUUUUAUAUUAUACCUAAUAUAAAAUUUAUUAAUUUUAAUUUUAAUACCGUUGUUUUAUAUAUUAGUAUCGUUGUAUGCGAAUGACAGCCGAUAGUAUAAUGGCUAGCUCGAAACCUUAUAAUAUCAAAUAUUUUUCCGUUGCCAGAGUUUCGUUCAAAUUUUCAAAUUUCUGAUUUGUGGACCCGAUCGUGGUGAUUCCGUCGUCCAACAGAUACCGAGAUGGCAUUAUUAGUGGAAUCACGGUCGUUUCGGCCGUUCAAGUCCAGUGAAGAAUAUCUUUACGCUAUGAAAGAGGAUUUAGCUGAAUGGCUGAAUGGGUUAUAUCCUGAGCUCUAUAUAAACGUAAAUAAUUUCAUGGAUAGACUUGAUACCGGCGUGGCUUUGUGCAAGCAUUCAAACUGUGUAAGAAACUAUGCAGAGGAACACGUGAAUCGAAGACAAGCGGCUGGGAAAUCUAAUAUUAGCGGCAUUGCGAGCCUAGUUCUUCAAUUACCACCAGUGCGAUACUUACCCGGCGCUAAAGGUGGUACAUUUUUUGCUAGAGACAAUGUUUCCAAUUUCAUCAAUUGGUGCAGAAACGGACUUGGCGUAUUUGAGUGUCUGUUGUUUGAAACCGAUGAUCUAAUAAUGCGAAAAAAUGAAAAACACGUGAUCUUAUGUUUAUUAGAGGUCGCUAGACGUGGUGCCAGAGUUGGUGUACCAGCUCCGAUGUUAGUACAAAUGGAAAGACAGAUUGAUCGGGAAAUCGCAGCAGAUAAAAAGUAUGCUCAAUUUUCACAAGGAACUGAUUUUAAUGAUGGCGAUGAUACUGAUUUGAGUGACGGCGAAGACCUAACCGAAUAUGCGCCAUUGCCUCAAAUUGUAACUAACGAUUUAAAAAGCUUAGAUGAAAUGGUACGGGAUCUUGUGGAGAGAUGCAAGUGUCCGACCCAGUUCCCGAUGAUUAGAGUGUCCGAAGGCAAAUACCGUAUUGGUGAUACUAAAGUCUUGAUAUUUGUCAGGAUACUGAGGAGUCACGUUAUGGUCAGAGUGGGCGGAGGUUGGGACACACUGUCUCAUUACUUGGACAAACACGACCCGUGCCGAUGCAAAACUGCUCAUCGAGCGCCGGUAUCUGCGAAACUGACGGGUGUCAGGAGCGGCGGGCCCACGUUGGAAUUAUCGCACGCCCAAGUACACUACGAAAGAUCACCGCCGAGAACACGACGCUCGUCUACGUCCAGUACGGGGAGUAGCGGUAACGGCGGUUACUCCGGUGGCCUAAGUCUGACGUCCGGUGGUCUGGCCACGGCCAAGCGGGCGAGCCGCCGCCGAAGCAGAUCGCCGUCGCCGCGGCCAACCGCCAAACUAAGCGCGCCCGUGGACGCGGGCCGCCGGAGCAGGAGCCCCACUCCCCGGCGGGCCGCCGACCACUUGACCGUUGGCAAUGCGGCCUGCAGGUCCAGAUCAGUGACGCCCAGCGGGAGACGUGCGCGACGGUCGGCGUCGCCUUCGUCCGGAACGGUUAACGGUGGCGGCGAUCGUCUGCUGCAUGUGCCCAACGGACAGCGACAGCCCAGCGACCGCAGCCGAUCGCCGUCAGCCGCGCGGAAACAACGAAGCGGAGUGGACGACACGCCGACGCCGAAGAUUUCGUUGAACUUCACGUCGGAACUAGCCGCCGAGUUGGGCGAUCGUCUGCAUCGAUCGUCCAGGGAGUCGUCCGUGGACGUACAACCCGAGACCGGAAAAACGGACUGUGGCCGGAACAACGGCGAGGAUGGCGACGACGACGAUGACGACGAUGACGAUGUGACCGUGGACACGUCGUCCACGUGUCGGGUGUCGGAUAAUUUCCAAGGCACUGGACAGUACCACGUUCUCAACCCUACGCCCGUGACGGCCAUCGACGAGAGGCGGCACUCGACCGUCAGAGAGGAGGAGUCCGUAGUAGACACGACGCCGUUCAGCCGCGUGUCGGACAGCUUGAGGGUGGCCCCGUAUGAUUGUCCAUCUGCGGCGACGGGCCGGAAAAAGUCUCAUUCGACCCGAGGGGACGUCGCGAAGAAGUCGGAACCGGUGGGCACGGAUAGCGGCUCGGAAGUAUCGGACGAGGGCUAUAGGAGUCUAGGAGUGGUGGCUUCACCGCCAUUCAACUCUAACGUGAAACACGUGCAGAAAUCUAAUGGCACGCCACCGGUAACGCGUGUGACGCGGCCGCCUCGCAGCCGUUCGGCGGGUGGCAAAGAGACGCCCAGCCCGCAACAGUCGCCGUUCCGCCGGAACCGUUCUACCACCCAAUCGUCGAGACAGCAGCAACAUCAUCCUGCACCGGCGGUCGGCCGGUCGCAGACACCCACGCUCAGCCGCAGGUCACCCGCAUCGUACGCGGACGGUGCCGCGGCGGCGGGUCAACACCAACCUCCGUUUUCGUCGUCGUCGUCGCCGGCCACCCCGUUGCUGGGCCGGAACAACACGUGGAACGCGACCGGCGGCCGGCACUGGACGUCCAAACAGCGACCGCAACUGUCGGCCGACACGUUUUGCCAACAGGUGGCCGACAUCAUCAACCGGUUCGCGGUGAUGGCGCCGAGUCCCCGGAAGGACUCCAAACCCGAUUCGCCGAUCGUCACUCGGAUACCGGCGCCCGUCCAAAGGACUUGAUCGUCAAUCACCGCCGCCGCCGCCGUCGUCGUCGUCGUCGUCGAUGUCGACGAGUCUCCGCGAGGUCUAGUCGUCACGGGAGACACGCGGUGGAGGGGAUAACUCUCGUUUAAAAAUAGAUAAUAAAUAAUAAUCCGCAUAGUUUUGUUUUUUCGCCCCCCCCCCACGAUUUGGGCGGUUGCCGACCCGAUGGUCGUGGCAAAUAACAUGUUUUAAUGUUUUCGUACUCGUGUCGUUGUGACGUCUAUCGCGGUACACUGCGGACACGCAUUAAUAAGAUAUUAUAAGUCUGUUUAUUGGGAACGACGGCGCAACGAUGCGACGACGUAUGAUAUUUAUAUAUUUAUGUGUUUUAAAACAUUUUAAAAUUGUUAUCGCAAUACGCUCGUCUUAAGUGUAUUUGUUUAAUUUUUUUUUUUUUUUUGCGAUCGGAUUAUAUUAUAUUAUUAUUAUUAUUA